GGGCGUGAGCGCUGACGUCGCUCUCUGAGGCCACGGCGUUUGUGCGCACCUGCCCCGCGCAGCCCCAGGUGUUGCGUUUUGGUCCGAGGCCGCGGGGACUCCGGCGAGAACCCGGAGCGGGGCCGCGAGAUGUUGUCAGCUGACCGGACGCUGGUUUUGAGGAGAAAAGACAGGAGGGAUUCGAGCCCCCCGAAGGGAGAGAAACGAACCCAGAGGACAGGGAAAGCCCACCCGGACAUGGUGGUGUUUGAGGAUGUGGCCGUGGACUUCUCCCAAGAGGAGUGGGCUUUGCUGGACGCCGCUCAGAGGGAGCUCUACCGAGAGGUGAUGCUGGAGACCUGCCAGAACCUGGCCUCUGUGGAUGAUGAAACUCAAUUUAAGGUCAAUGGUUCAGUUCCUCAGCAGAAUAUUUAUAGGAAUAAAAUAUCCAAGGAAGAUAAAACAGCAAAGUUCACCAGAAAUGAUUCUUGGGUCUCUGUCUUAGGAAAAAUUUGGGAAGAACUUAGCAUCGAAGAUCAGUACACACACCAGGGGAGACAUGAGAGAAAUCAUGUGAUGGAGAGACUCUGGGAAAGUAACGAUCAAUGUGGGGAAGGCUUCGGCCAGAUUCCAAACCUUAAUCUGUAUCAGAAAACUCUUAGUGGAGUAAAACAGUAUGAAUGCAGGGCUUGUGAACAAGCCUUCGUGCACCACGCAGCCCUCAAGAAUCACAUCACCGUUCACACUGGACACAAACCAUAUCAGUGUCGGGAAUGUGGGCAGGCUUAUAGUUGUCGUUCACGUCUAAGAAUGCAUGUGAGAACCCACAAAGGAGAGAGGCCCUAUGCAUGUAAAUUAUGUGGAAAAACCUUUCCUCGUACUUCUUCCCUCAACCGGCAUAUAAGGAUUCAUACUGCUGAGAAAACCUACGAGUGUCAGCAGUGUGGAAAAGCCUUCAUCGAUUUUUCAAGUCUUACUAGUCACGCGAGAACGCACACUGGCGAGAAGCCCUAUAAAUGUAAGGAAUGUGGGAAAGCCUUCAGUUAUUCCUCAACUUUUCGAAGACACAUGAUAACACACACUGGAGAGAAGCCCUAUAAGUGUAAGGACUGUGGGGAAGCCUUCAGCUAUUCCUCAACUUUUCGCAGACAUGUGAUAUCACACACUGGGGAGACACCACAUAAAUGUAAGGAAUGUGGAGAAGCCUUCAGUUACUUCUCAGCUUUUCGAAGACACAUGAUAUCACAUACUGGGGAGAAACCCUAUGACUGUAAACAGUGUGGGAAAACCUUCAUCUAUCUCCAGUCUUUUCGAAGACAUGAAAGGAUUCACACUGGAGAGAAACCCUAUGAGUGCAAACAGUGUGGGAAAACGUUUAUUUACCCCCAGUCCUUCCGAAGACAUGAAAGGACUCACAGUGGAGAGAAACCCUAUGAAUGUAACCAGUGUGGGAAAGCCUUCAGCCACCCCUCAUCCUUUCGAGGACAUAUGAGAGUGCACACUGGAGAGAAACCUUAUGAAUGCACUCAAUGUGGGAAAACUUUCAACUGGCCUAUAUCCUUACGAAAACACAUGAGAACACACACUAAAGAGAAACCCUAUAAAUGUAAACAAUGUGGGAAAGCUUUCAAUUUGUCUGCUUGCUUUCGAGAGCACGUGAGAAUGCAUCCUGGAGACAAAGCAUAUGAAUGCAAACUGUGCGGGAAAGCUUUCUAUUGCCACAAAUCCUUACAAAAGCACAUGAGAAGGCACACUGCUGAGAAACUCUAUGAAUGUAAGCAGUGUGGGAAAGCCUUUAGCUGGCCUGAACUUUUGCAGCAGCAUGUGAGAACACACACCGCAGAGAAACCCUAUGAAUGUAAGGAAUGCGGGAAAGUCUUCAAAUGGCCGUCAUCUUUACCAAUACAUAUGAGGAUGCACACUGGAGAGAAACCUUAUGAGUGUAAGCACUGUGGGAAGGCCUUCAGUUUCCUCAUCCUUAAGAAGACACAUGAGAACACACACUACAGAAAAACACUACAUAUGUAAUGUGGGAAGUUCUCUUGCAAACGAGUUAAUCUGUGAUGCUUCAGAAAAUUCACACCAGGAGAGGAAUCUUACAAAAGUCGCAAAUAUGGUAUUGCCUUUACGAGUAUCUCAUCAUUAACGUGGACCCAUAGGGAGUAUAUUUCCAGUCCUUUUGCAAAUAAACAUGUAGGCGAAAAAUAACCAUCAAAGACUCUUAGUACAUAAAGUUUGCAUGGAGUGUUUUUUCUUACGUGUUUGUAAAUAAAACCUUUAUUUUAGUUUGUUGGACUCACA